GCGACCGGACCAAACCUCAGUCCUCCUCGAACGCCACUAUAGUGCACGUGUUCUCGCGCUCAAUCAGUGCCGGCAAAGAAACAGUUGAAUUUUUUAUAUUAAAAAAAACCGUGCUGUGUUUUUAUCUUUUAUCAAUUACAUCUUUGGAUUUUUUUGUUUUCCUGUCCAGGCAUUUGGGGCAACAGUCAGAUUGUCAUCUCUCAGCUCUUGCUCUAUUACAUAACAUCCGCCAUUUUGAAGAUUCAGAAUAAGUCUGCGCCAUAUGAAUUAGGAUUCAUGAUGAGGUGUCUGUGAUACUGUCCUGUAGGCGUGAGCUGCGCCAGCUUCCAAGAUGACGUCGGAGAGGGCCAUUCCACACCUUCGGGACAUUUUUGGCCUCAAUCAACAAUAUGACGCCAAGAGCUUUGACGAUAACGACGACAAAAACAAAAAGCCUAAGAAGAAAAAGGAAGACUACCGCUCUUACGCCAACGGAGAUGUGAAAACAUUGGAAAGACACCUGAGCAUGAAGAAGACUAUACGGAAAAAGAUCAUGCGCGACCUUCAGCAGGCGUUCGUUGAAGACCCUAACGAGUUUAAGGUCGAAAACACGAGCCCCGAGAAGCUGAAAGCAGAGCUCAGUGCCGAAGCUGUUAAGAUCGAGAAAAACGUACGGAAAAACGAUCCGACGUUCCUGGACAUGUUGCGAGGGGAGACAAGAGGCGAGGAGGCGCGGGAGGAGCAGCCUCCCGCCGAGAAGACCAGUUUCUGGCGGCGUCUCACCAUGAAGAAUAAAAACAAGAGAUAAAGUUACGUCAGUUAGCCGGGAAACACAUUGCUCCGUUACAUCUGAUUCCUAUGUCUUCGACGUCGCGUGUUUCUAUGUCAAUUAGAAUAUAUACCUGUAUUUCUACAAUUCGAUUAUUCUUCGAUAAUUUUGGCUACACUACGACUGACAUACUUAAUGUUGUAGCCAAUGUAAUAAUUGCAUAAUACUAUGUCAUACGAUAUUUUACAUAAAACUGGAACCUAGUUAUAAGAGACCAAGUAUAAUAUACACACAUAAUAAUAGCUUUUGAAAGAUUUUUCUGUAUACUUAUAUACUAUAUUACUGAAAUAAAACAAUAAAUGCUAAGCUUAUAGUUAAGUUUGUAAGAUUGUUUGAUGGGAACGGAGUAACGUGUUAUUAAUAUCAUCGGCCAUUGUUACUUAUAAAUAAAAAGAUAUCUCGUUCUACAUGUGAUGUAACGUUAAGUUGACUAAGUUAGUUUAAGUACAUUAGAUACUAGGCUAAAUAUUUCGUAAGCAUCAUUGUGUAAUUUAGGCUCGUGGUAAUUUCUUGUUGUGACAAUUUAUUAUAAUUCAAUAUAGAUAAUUUUACACACUCA